AUGGCAGAAUCGCAAGAAGAACGUGUUUCAAGCGAGGAUCCUCCUUUAUGCACUUCACCUAGCCGAAAUUCAUUAAUGGAGGUCGAUAUAGUGGAACCGCUAGAUUGUGUAGCCUCUGACGUUUCAGAGAAUUUUUCAUACGAACAAGAAAACUUAGCCGGCGAUGUCGCAGGCCAUGGUUUUAAGUCGAACAAGGCCACGCAGUUGUCGGAUGUUACAAAUGUUGGAAGUGAAGAGAUGGAGCUUGUUGAUGAGGUAUUGGACUCUAGAUUACUUUGUGUACUCAUAAUGUUCAUGUUUGAUUUGAUAACUAAUGCUGGAUUUGCAACUAAGAUAAGGACGACAACAUUUGAUAAGAUCACAAAAGCUCCCAUUAACCAAGCUAUACACUGUAAUCGCGAUGGGAUCUGCGAGUCUCGUGCUAGAGCACCAACGUGGAAGAAUACGAUUUCAGCUGCUGGGUGCAAGGCAAGGAUAUAUGUAAAGUUUGAUAAAGACGUGCAAGACUGGGUUUUGCUCAAGGUUGACUUGACACACUCUCAGCCAUGUUCACCGAAAAAGGCAGUGCACUACCAUGAGUAUAGGCAGCUGACCAUGCAUGCGAAGUGCGUGAUCGAGGAUAAUGAUGAGGCUGGAAUUCGACCAAACAAGACAUUCCUUGCUUUGUCAAAUGAGGCUGGUGGCCCCUCUAACUUGGGAUUCUCAGAGAAGGAUUUAAGAAAUUAUAUAACAGCAAGGCUCCGAAAUAGCAACGUGAAUGCGAAUGUCAGGGAGAUGAUGAGCUACUUCAGGAGAAUGAAGGACAUCAAUCUGAACUUCUUUUAUGCAGUGGAGUUGGAUGAUGAGUGUAAAUUCAAGAGUGUAGUAUGGGUCGAUGCAAGGUGUAGGGCAUCGUAUGAAUACUACGGAAACGUUUUGUCAGUUGAUAGCACUUACAGAAGGAAUAGGCAUGGAUUACCGUUUGUGUCGUUCGUUGGGGUCAACCACCAUGGUAGGUCGACCCUCCUCGGUUGUGCUUUGUUGGGGAAUAAGGAAAUCACAAGUUAUUAG